AUGGGCAAAACACUCCAGGACAUCCAACGCAAGGACUUGCUGCAGUCCCAAGGCUUCAUCGAUGAUGAGUGGGUGGGUGCCUCUUCGGGGGCGACCUUUUCUGUCUACGAUCCAGCAACAUUGGAUAAAAUAGCUACCAUCCCCGAGAUGAAUGCAGUUGACGUGGACAAGGCCGUCACUGCAGCCCAUCGAGCUUUCCAAUCUUACAAGAAGACCAGCGCACGCCAGCGAGCUCGAUGGCUUCGGAAAUGGAGCGAUCUCUGCUUAGAAAAUGCUGACGACUUGGCCCUAAUCCUAACCUUGGAGAAUGGCAAGACCCUUGCCGAAGCAAAGGGCGAAGUCAUCUAUGCUGCAUCCUUUCUCGAAUGGUUUGCUGGCGAAGCGGAAAGAGUCCACGGCCAAGUCGUCCCGCCCGCCAAUCUAAAUCAACGUAUUCUGACCUUCAAGCAACCCAUUGGUGUGGCGGCAUGUCUCACACCCUGGAAUUUCCCCAUCGCCAUGAUCACACGAAAGGUCGGUGCCGCCCUGGCAGCUGGCUGUACAACUGUCUGGAAACCUGCUGGCGAAACUCCACUGAGCGCACUUGCCCAGGCCGUACUCGCACACGAGGCCGGCUUCCCUAAAGGCUCUAUCAACGUGAUCACGACCCUCAAUACAGUAGCCGAGGUCGGCGAGGCUCUUUGUAAGAAUGACCUCGUGCGCAAGGUGAGCUUUACAGGAAGCACCAGGGUGGGAAAACUGCUCGCCAGCCAGUGUAGUGCUACCCUGAAAAAGCUGUCCUUGGAGCUUGGAGGAAACUCUCCGUUCAUCGUCUUCGACGAUGCCAACCUCGAGACCGCGGUCGAAGCGUGCAUCAACGCCAAGUUCAGGAACUCUGGUCAGACUUGCGUUACCGCAAAUCGCAUCUUUGUCCAAAAGGGCGUGUACCAUGAAUUCGCCGACAAGCUUAGCAAGAAGAUCCAAGCACUCAAAAUUGGGCCAGGGACGGAGGAAGGCGUCAAUGUCGGUCCAUUGACACACGACAGAGCUGUUGAAAAGGCCUUGAACCACAUUAAUGACGCAAAGAAACACGGCGGCCAGAUCGUGCUCGGAGGCUCCUCCGUGCCAGACCUAAAGGGAUACUUCCUUCAGCCAACUCUGAUCAAGAAUAUGAACCGGCAGAUGCUAACAACACGUGAGGAAACCUUUGCUCCCGUUGUGGGCUUAUACGAAUUUGCGACUGAGGACGAAGUCCUGGAACUCGCCAAUGACUGUGACGUCGGUCUCGGAAGUUUCAUCAUAACCGAGAGUAUGGCUCGAGCCUGGAGGGUCACCGAGGGCUUGGAGGUGGGUAUGGUGGGCGUCAACCUGGGCAUGUUGAGCGCCUCCGAAAGUCCCUUUGGAGGUGUCAAGCAUAGCGGCUAUGGUCGAGAAGGUGGAACUCAAGGUAUCGAGGAGUACUUGCAUAUCAAGUCCAUGUUGAUCAAUGUAGCCAACUGACCAAACGCCUGAUCGUUCAUGGUUCAGAGCUGCC